UGAGAAGAGGGGUUUUAGCAUAAACCCGUAGAAGCAAAAAACGAAUAGCAAAUGGCUUUGACUAUGAGAGCGGCGGCGGCGGCGGGGCCUACACGCGGCCUUAGACGGCUGUUCUCGACUGGCUUCGUUCCUCCGAUGAGCUCUCAGGCGCCUAACCCUCGACAAGAGGCUGAACCAAGCACCAACCUCUUCGUCUCUGGGCUUAACAAGCGUACUACUUCAGAAGGACUACAUAAAGCUUUUGCUGCAUUUGGUGAAGUUGUUCAAGCUCGAGUGGUGACUGAUCGGGUAUCAGGGUUCUCCAAGGGAUUUGGUUUUGUAAGGUAUUCAACCUUAGAAGAUGCUGCCAAAGGCAAACAAGGCAUGGAUGGACAGUUUCUGGAUGGUUGGGUUAUAUUUGCUGAAUAUGCAAGGCCGAGAACUACUACACCACCUCCUGAGAACAAUUCGACACAGUAUGGCCGUUACUGAGUCCAGUUUUAGAAACGAUUAUUUAUUAAAAAUAUCUAUCAUGUAAACUUUUUGAUCUGAGGGUUUGGUGCUUCUGAUCAAAUUCUUAAAGAGGCUAUCCUAAUCUGAGAACCAAUACCAUUGGAAAUCAAUCGUAUCACAGAUGGUCUGUAUUUGAACGAACCUGUAAGGACCCUAUUAUUUAAUUGAAACAUGUGGAAGUUGUACCGAGCCAUUCCGACUUUGCUCGACUUA